CUUUUUGGUUUAAAAUUUCGUCUUGUGAAAGUAUGGUUAUGUUAUGCAAUAUUAUGUCAGAUUUGUUUAUAUUCAUAUUAAAUAUUUUUAAUCUACAAUAGUUUUAUAUUUUUAUAUUAUUUAACAGUAGUAUUACGGUUAUUAUGUGAUAUUGUUACGUGCUGAGUGAUACGUGUCUGUCUUGAAUAUUUAAUAUAUACAUAAUACCCCUAUUUUAUGAGACAAGAAGCUGAGGGUAUACCCACUUCAGUGUCAAUAUGAGGUCAGUGAUUUUGCUUUUGUGUAUUUUAAUAAAAUUCGUCUACAUGAAAGAGUGGAUUGAUCCGCAUGACAUGAACACCAAUGCAAAAGAAAAAUAUAUUAAACCACGCCAAUCAGACUUAAAGAGAUCAUCCAGCUAUACAUCAGGGACAUACCCUAGUCAAACUGAUCCUGCAGUAUAUAUUUCAUCUUUGAGAAGGAUCGUUAGUCUUACUCUUAAUGCAGCUUCUUUUAACAAAAGAGAUCCUAAAUUGUACAUAGGGAGUAUUAAUUUUAAAAUUGAUCCUGAUGAUCUUGAUUUCCUAACUAUGUUUUCUAAGGAUGAAGUUACACUUGAUAAAUUAAGGAGACUUGAUGCUAUUUUAACUGAAAGUUUUCAAAGAUCUUAUUUUCAAGACACUUGGGAUAUAUUUGAACAGUAUCAGUUUAAUAGUAUCUAUUCUGCCAUAACAAAUGUGAAUAUUUGGCUGUUCAUUGGAGCUUUAUAUAUGUUAUAUGUCAUUUAUCAACUUUGUAGAAAUGGCUUUUCUGUUGGAUAUAUUAUAAAAUAUCUUAUUGUGGUUCUACUUGUUUAUGACUUUGUUUUGAGAUACAAUAGUCUUGUUGAGGAGGCUGAAGAACAUAAUGCAAAAUUAUCUUAUUCCUCUCAGUGCGAUAGUACUAAAAUGUCAUGGAAAGAAUACACAGCAUUUUUAUUUAGUAGUAGAAAUUGCGAAAGGAAGACCGUAACUCCUUUAGAUGCUUUCCUUCAUCAAACAAAAAACUUGAUCAUAGUUCCACUAACUGCCCUUGGAACAGGAUUUGGAGCAUUUGGAAAAGAAAUGUUUGUGAAACUUCCGUGGGGUCUAAAUCUUAUAUUAUGGCCUUUGAUGCUGGUAUUUGUAAUAAUAAUAUUCAUAUUUCUAAUGGCAUUUUGUACAGGCUCAUAUAUAGAAUUUAAUAUAUUCCAUCUCUUAAAAUUGAAGUUUGGAAGUACGAACUCUUCUAGACAUGAAAACACCCUAACGGGACCUACUGUUGAAAGGUUAAUAUCUGGUUUAUCACAUAGACCUCUCAUUCAACAAGUUUCUACUGCAGAAGAUUCCAAUGAACCAAAAAGAAGAAAGGCUGAGAAAAAAGUAGGAUCUAUUAAUGAGCCAAGUACAUCAAGUCGAAAGAAUAAGUGCCUUAAUCAGAAUAAGAAUAAGACUAAAGUAGAAUUAUCUGACGUAAGAAUAAGAGAAGAAAUUACUGUAUCUACUGAAACCUCUGAUGUGCAAGUUGAAACGAGCAAAAAAAAUGACCAAACACAGAAAAGAAAGAAUAAAAUAGAAAUUGAAACAAUAGAUGAUAAUGAAGUUUUAAAAAAGAAUAAUUAGACUGAUAAUAGUUUUUCUUUAAUGAGAGAAAAUACUUGGUUAUCUAGCCAAACUCUUCGAUUAUU